GAAGCAUCAACUCCCAGCCUUCUGGUUGUGGCAUUUAUCCAUUUGCCCUCUCAGACGUACGCCACCAAUGGCGGCUCACAAGCUCGGGGUGAUCUUCAGAAACCCCUCUAACGACGCUGAAUUCCUCCUCUACAGACAGCCGCGGCCCCCGAAGUUCGAGGAAGGGGAGGACUACGACCUCUACUCCGACUCUGAUCUCUGGGACUUGCCCUCUACCGCUGAAUUGAACCCCAUCGCAGCAGGAGUGGUCGAGCCUCCGAUUCUGGUGCAAGGCGUAGAACUCUGUUCGGAGAAGAUCGACUUGAGACAAUUCGACCUGAACUCUGCUUUGAUUUCGGUUAUGGGGCGUGUUGGGUUAGGGGUUGCCGACUUGGGGGACUGGAAGUUCUUCAAGUGUGUGGAAGAAGCAGAGUUUGGACCAGGGCCACCUAUCAAUUUCGCGUUUGUUGAGGCGAAAUUGCUGGACAAAAACACGAUUUUACGAGAGCAUUGUAAAUGGAUGUCUAUACAUACUUGUCGGGAAUGGCUUGUGAAUGUGAAACCGGGUGGUGUUCGAGUUGGACUCUUGGCCGUUAUUGGUCUAAUAAAUGAAUCCACAGAACCAACAAAAUUUCAAGUGCCAUCAACCUUAAGAUUUCAGGAGUACCCUCCCGGUGUUGUUGUUAUCCCAAUGAGAAGUAAGACAGCAAAGCCUUUUCACACCACAAAUUUGGUCGUGUUUGCUCCUGAAAAUGAUUCAGGGGAAUGCAAAGACGGUAGUUUUGUCGCUUCCGGUGAUGCCCUAAUAGUGGAUCCGGGAUGCCGAUCCGAAUCUCUUGAAGAGCUCAGGGAAAUCGUGGCUGCUUUGCCAAGAAGAUUGAUCGUUUUUGCCACCCACCAUCACCGUGAUCAUAUUAAUGGGCUCUCGGUUAUCCAAAAAACAAAUCCUGACGCCAUCCUAUUAGCACAUAAAAACACCAUGUCUCAUAUUCAUAAAGAUGAUUGGAAUUCGGCUUAUACAUUUGUUUCUGGAUCAGAAGAUAUAUGUGUUGGAGGGCAAAGAUUGAGUAUCAUAUUUGCACCGGGACAUACAGAUGGUCAUUUGGCACUUCUACACAACAGUACUAGAUCACUGAUUGUAGGUGAUCAUUGUGUUGGACAAGGAAGCGCUUUUUUGGAUCUCUAUUCUGGUGCAAGUAUGGCUGACUACUUCAAGACGACUUACAAGUUCAUGGAGCUUUCCCCACACGCUUUGAUCCCUAUGCACGGAAGGGUCAGUUUUUGGCCAAAGCACAUGCUUUGUGGAUAUCUUAAGAAUCGCAGAAGUAGGGAGAAGUCCAUCCUUAGAGCCAUAGAAAGGGGAGCAGAGACAUUGUUUGAGAUCGUUGUGAAGGCAUACUCUCGGAUAGACCACAGUUACUGGAUCCCAGCCUCAUGGAAUGUUAAGCUUCAUGUGGAUCACCUGGCCCUACUUGAUAAGUUACCGAAGUGCUUCUCUAUCGAGAGAUUCAAUAGGAGUCUCGGUUCAUUUGCUGCUGAGUUGGACAAGUUCGAGGCGAAAUCUUCUCUAUGAUUAACUGAUCAGUCUGCCUCAUAUCAGGGUUUCUCAUUGCACAGGUUAUGAAUUUACCCAUAAAAUUGCAAAGUUCUGAACCUGCGCCCCAACACCAUUUGUAAGUUGAGUUUAUUAAAUUAUGGUGUGGUUUAUUAUUUAGCAUGCACUCAUUUUUGCCGGGGCUCAGUGGCCGAGUAGACAACAUAGCAGCUUACAUCAGGCUACCCACUGCGCUAGCAUAAGGGACACUAUGGAUUACACGCUCUGCUAUUGGGGUACUGAGUUAUGCCUGGUCAGAUAUAUCGAUGCUGCGCUAGAAACAUGGAUGAACAAAAGUCAGCUUAUGAACGGAAGUAUUGUGACCUGGGCUGGCAAGAAAUGGACCAACAGUCUUGUACGUGAUGGAAGCAAAAUUUGUUGCGCCUUUUGCUGCUACUGUGCAAGAAGCCGUACGGCGAAAAUGCUUCCGGCAUGACCUCGAUGUAUUAGAGAGGACAGAUCCUAUCUUAAUAUGUAUUUGAAGAUGUUUCCUGCAUGACCUCGAUGCAAGGUAUAACUUAGGGAUGUGAUUGCGCAAAAGGAAGUGGUCCUGAAGCUCAAGGCCAGAGUCAAAUAAAUGGUUAAAAAUUAUAAUAAAAAUAUAUAUAAUUGUUUGUGCAUAUGUUUUCAUUCCAAGUACAUAUAUUGUUAUGAAAUUUUAAAUAUUAUGUUUUAUGUUUCCUUUUAUUAAAUUUA